AUGAUAUAUAAUCACAGAGAACUGAAGUUUGCUAGAACAAUGAUUUUUGCUGUCGAGGAGAUCAACAGGGAUCCUUUGCUUCUCCCUGGAUUAAGCUUGGGUUACAAGGUGUACAAUGGGUGUGGGGCUGACAACCUCAUUCGAGCAGCUAUUGAAGCUAUAAAUGGAAAUGACCCACUGUCCUGCAGUGAUCAGACGCUGGCUAUCUUAGGUCAUUCAUCCUCUGGCGUGAGUGAUGACAUAAACACCAUAAUCAGUACGGUAUCUGUGCCACAGAUUAGUCACCUGUCUACAUGUGCUUGCUUAAGUGACAAAAUUCGAUAUCCAACAUUCUUCAGAACGGUACCAAGCGACCGCUACCAAAUCACAGCUCUGGUAGAGCUUAUGAAAUACUUUGACUGGCGCUGGAUAGGAAUCAUUCAUUCUGUGGGUACAUAUGCAGAGGAAGGUGCAUCUGAGUUAGUUAAAGAGGCACUAAAGGAAGGUAUAUGUGUAGAAUACAGGAUACUUUACUUAAAAACAUCCAGGUUGAGAUUUAGAACCAUAGUAAAGACACUGCAGGAGUCUUCGUCCAAGGUGGUAUUGAUGUUUAUGUCGCUGUCUUAUGCAGAGUCAUUCCUUUCAGAAAUGGAGGUGCAUAACAUAACUGGAAAGCAGUGGGUGGGCAGUGAAUCUUGGAUCACACAAACACACCUUGUUUCUGCUGAUAGAAAGCACAUCUUACAGGGGGCAAUAGGCUUUGCCCUUCCUCAGGCAUCCAUACCAGGUCUAGGGGAAUUCCUGCUUAGCUUAAAACCUUUCAAUCAAUCAGACAGCUCUCUAAUUGAAGCUAUCUGGGAGGAUUUCUUUGGAUGCAGCUUCACCCCAACAAAUACCUCUACUUUGUGUACUGGUACAGAAGAUCUACAGGCCAUCUCUAGUGUCUACACAGAUGUAACAAAUUUCAGAGAGGAAAAUUGUAUUUAUACAGCUGUCUAUUCUGUAGCAUUUGCUCUCAGUGUGCUUUUGCAGUGUGAAAAUGGCUCAAAUCCUACCACUGGAAAUCCCUGUUUGUCCAAGGAUGAAAUCCAGCCUAAGUUAGUAUUUGAUGCCAUGAAGCUAGUAAACUUCACAACUAAGAAUGGGGCUAACAUUUUCUUUGAUAAUAAUGGUGACUCUACUGCCAAGUAUGACCUUGUGAAUUGGCAGAUAAAAGAGGAUGGUUCAGCAGACAUAGUCAGCAUUGGCCAGUUUGAUAAUUCUUUACCGGAGGGGACGAAACUGAAACUAAAAGACAAUAUGAAAAUAGUUUGGGGCAGCUAUAAUAACAUGGUGGUACGGUCUGUCUGCAGAGAGCCGUGUCCACCAGGAACUCGAAAGGCUGUAAACAAAAAUAAGCCUUUGUGCUGCUUUGAUUGCUUUCAGUGUCAUGAAGGAACAAUUAGUAAUAAGACAAAUUCUCUUGACUGUUUGACCUGUUCACCUGAAUUUCGGCCAAAUGAAAUGAGAGACAACUGUGUUCCAAAACCUACUGAAUACCUUUCCUACACGGAGACCAUGGGGGCUCUUCUUACUGGUUUUGGCACCUUUGGUGUAUUUUUAUCACUUCUCAUGACCACAAUAUUUUUUUGUCAUAAAGACACUCCCAUUGUAAGAGCAAACAACUCUGAGCUGAGCUUUCUGCUUCUGUUUUCACUAAAGUUGUGUUUCCUCUGCUCAUUGACCUUCAUUGGUCGGCCCACUCAUUGGUCUUGCAUGCUUCGACACACCUCAUUCAGCAUUACAUUUGUCUUUUGCAUUUCAUGUGUUCUGGGGAAAACAAUGCUGGUUCUGAUGGCCUUCAGAGCAAGACUUCCAGGCAGCAACGUGAUGAAGUGGUUUGGACCUGCACAGCUAAGAGUCACCGUUCUCAUUUUUACCCUUGUUCAGGUUGUCAUUUGUACAAUUUGGCUAACAACCAGACCACCAUUCCCAAAUAUGAAUAUGCAGUACUAUAAAGACCGAAUCAUUUUAGAGUGUGCUCUGGGUUCAGCGGUUGGAUUCUGGGCAGUGCUCGGUUAUAUAGGAAUUCUUGCUGCCUUAUGCUUCAUUCUUGCUUUUCUUGCCAGAAAACUACCGGACAGUUUUAAUGAAUCCAAACUAAUCACAUUUAGCAUGCUGAUAUUCUGUACAGUCUGGAUCACAUUUAUCCCAUCAUAUGUUAGCUCUCCAGGAAAAUUUACUGUGGCUGUGGAGAUAUUUGCUAUUCUGGCCUCGAGUUUUGGUUUGUUGCUUUGCAUUUUUGCUCCAAAGUGUUAUAUUAUUUUGCUGAGACCAGACCAAAACUCAAAAAAGAGUUUAAUGAACAAAAGCAAAAGACCUGAUCACAAUGAUGGCUGA